AUGGGACGUAAAAAGAUCAAAAUAUCUCAAAUUACUGAUGAGAGGAAUCGUCAGGUAACAUUCACAAAGAGAAAGUUUGGAUUAAUGAAGAAAGCAUACGAACUGAGCGUCCUAUGCGACUGCGAGAUAGCGUUAAUCGUCUUCAACAAUGCCAACAAGCUGUUCCAGUACGCCAGCACUGACAUGGAUCGAGUUCUUUUGAAGUACACAGAGCACAGUGAUCCUCACGAAAGCAGAACAAACCGGGAUAUCAUUGAGGUAGUACUGAUUGUGAUCACUUUAUAA